AUGACUUUUGGUCCGCGUUUUGCUCUUGCUUUGGCUCACCGAUUUAGAAAGCGAGGAAGACGUGGAACGCACCGAACUGGCGACCCAGAAGCCGCUUUUGCGGGACUUUUGGUCCGUGUUUUGCUCUUGCUUUGGCUCACCGAUUCAGAACGCGAGGAGAGCUUAGCUUUGUCCGGUGAACGUUUCGAGGCUCCGCUACUAAAUCCAGAAGCUGCUUUCGCGGGACUUUUGCUCCGCGUUUUGCUCUUGCUUUGGCUCACGGAUUCAGAACGCGAGGAAGACGUGGAACGCACCGAACUGGCGGCGGAUUUUUUUCUCCACAAACUACCGCUGAACAUUUUCCCUUUCUUAGAUCCAGAAGCUGCUUUCGAGGGACUUUUGCUCCGCGUUUUGCUCUUGCUUUGGCUCGCCGAUUUAGAACGCGAGGAAGACGUGGAACGCACCGAACUGGCGGCGGAUUCUUUUCUCCACAACUUACCGCUGUACUUUUUCUCUUUCUUAGAUCCGGGAGCUGCUUUCGCGGGACUUUUGUUCCGGGUUUUGCUCUUACUUUGGCUCACCGACCCAGAACGCGAGGAAGACAUCCAGAAGCUGCUUUCGCGGGACUUUUGCUCCGGGUUUUGCUCUUGCUUUGGCUCACGGACUCAGAACGCGAGGGAAACGUGGAACGCACCGAACUGGCGGCGGAUUCUUUUCUCGAAUCCGGGAGCUGUUUUCGUGGGACUUUUGGUCCGGAUUUUGCUCUUGCCUUGGCUCACGGAUCCAGAACGCGACGAAGACGUGGAACGCAUCGAACUGGCGGCGGAUUCUUUUCUCGAGUGCUUUCCGCUGUGCUUUUUCUCUUUCUUAGAUCCGGGAGCUGCUUUCGUGUGA